AUGGCCGACAAACUUCGCGCACAGCAGGAGCUCGAGCGGCUCCAGCAGAAAUACAUUGGCACCGGCCACCCGGACACGACGAGCUGGGAGUGGAAGUCCAACAUUAUGCGCGAUACAUACUCGAGCCUGGUCGGCCACCCGCCGAUGCUGGCAUUCCUGUCGCUGGCGCAGGGCGAGCCGGCGGCCAAGACGCGCUUCAAGCUGCUCAAGAACAUGGUGCAGCCAUGCGGACCACCGCCGGCGCGAGACGAAGAUGAGGUUUAG